AUGAACACGCCGAUAUUGUUCGUCUUUUCUUUUCUACUUUGUUUGAGUUCGGCGAAGAUUUCGGUGAACGAAGCGAUGAAAGCUGUCCGAAGUAUCACUGGCACGUUCGAUACCGCUUUUCUCGAAGGCGACAAGCCGUUGAUUCUGCAGCAGUUCCGCAAGAAUAAGUCCGAAUAUGUUGCCUGCGACAAGGUUCCAUCGUACGGAAUUCCAAAAAUCCGCGACAUCUUGCAUGCAAGCUAUAGCAGAUAUCACAUGGAUAAUAUCAAACUUCACGAAAAAUCGAUCACAUUCGAUUUCUACCACUAUGUUUCGUCGAAAAAUCAAGAAGUUACCUAUUUGACAAAAGGAAACAUGACACUCGAAAAAGAUGACGACGGAAAAAGCUUCUACGUUCGCCGUUAUAAUCAAGGAUGUCCAAAAAAGCUUUCGGGAUAA